GCAGCACACCACCACCAGCCUGCCAGCCAGGGUCCAGGUUUCAUCCAGUGUCCAUUCAGGAACUGUGUAAUGGGCCCAGGUCCCUGAUUGUCAAACUGAUGCCACAUCCUCAUUAAAUACCAACAUCAUGCCAGGCAAUUCAGCCCAUCUGACAGGUCUCGGUGGCCUUGUCCAGGGGACACACAGCCUGGUCCUGGCUCUUAGAAGGACUUAAGGAUUUCUGGGGAAAGACAGGGCAGAGAGCCACCUUGCUGACCGGCUACCAUGGAGGCGUCUGUGCCUACCCAAGUGCCAGGGCUGGUGGGACGGGCAGGCAGGCAGUGUAAGGAGGGGAGAUGUGGAGAAUGAGCCAGAGCUGGGGGAGAAGCGAAAGAACAGCCCUUAGAAGUCUGGGCUGGGGGACGCCGCAGCAGCACGGGGUGUUGUUCCGGGUGAAGGACAACUUGGGCAAGGGCUUGGGGGUGGGAAGGCCGUGUGUCUGGGCCUUCAGGAUCCCACACCUCUGGCUCUGCCACUUGUUGGCUCAUAACCUUGAGCAAGUGCCUCCCCCCCUUGGAGCCUCAGCUUCCUCAUCUGUAGGAUGGGGUGAAAACUGCACUAGGUGGUGGGCUUGUGGUGAGGGGAAAAUGAGACCCUCCAAGGAAAGCACUUGACCCCCGAUAAAUCUUGACUUCAGUUGUUACUGUUUUAAACUUUGGCAAAGUGGGUUUAGACCAUGGGAGCGUUCAGUGCUGCACUUAGCCGUUCUGACCUUUUCCUGCUCUUCCGUGAGAACUUUUGUGCUUAGUGGAACAUUCCUUUCUCUGAGCUGCCCAAGGUCAUGUGCCCCUUAGGAGGGGACACCCCUGUAGGCACUCCCCACAUGGGACCUCCACCCCCUCCAACAACCUUCCUCACCUCCAGCAGGCCUCUGCUCAAAUGUCCCCUGAUCAGCUGUGUGCACCCCCCCCCCGCCCCCGGGCCACCCUGGCAAACACAGUCCUGUGGGUCCCUCCCCGCUUCUUCUGCUGUAUUUUGCUUUGUAGCCCUCAUUCCCCACUACCUUAUGCCUUUUCCUGCUGAUUGUCCAUCUCCUGCCCUGGACAGGGAGUGCCAGGAAGGCCAGGACUUAUCCGCAGCCAAAUUUUUUCCAGCACCUAGAGAGGUGUUCGGCACAUAGUAGGUGUUCAGUACAUACUGGUUGAAUGAGUAGAUGGAGCACUUUGAAUAGGUGGUGCUUCUGGAUGUUAGAAUACUUGGUCCUUUAAGCCUUGAGUGUUUCGAGAAUACCCAAGAGCCAGGAGAGAACCUUUCUGCUCUAGCGGGGACUUCAGGACAUACCCUGAGCACAGUGACCCUGGGCAGCUGGGAAGGAGCCAGGUGCCCAUGCGAGGAUGCCCCCGUUCCUUACUCCCACGGCCUGGCUGGCCCUACCCUCCAAGGGUCCUUCUCGCUCACCUGCCCGCUGCCCUUCACUCUUGGGUCCUGUCCUGUUGGCAUAGGGGAGUCGUAUUGCUCUUUGUGCAGAGUGAGCCUUUUGAUGUAUGUCUGUCCCUCCAGGUAUGAAGACAGUCUGAGUGAGUGUGAUGAGCAUGCUUUCACCCAGGGAAGGCUGUGCGUGCGUGUGCUGUGCUCAUGUGUAAGGAGCUGGGCAGCCUGUGGGAGGGAGGCAGAGUGCCCGCCUGUGGGGGGAGGGGCACGAGAGCACACGUGGUCUUUGUGUCCGUGUUCCCACUCCCCCCACCACCACCGCCGCUGCCACCACCACCACCACCACCAGGCCCUGGGUGUACUGCCUGGGACCCCUGAGCAGCACAGAGCUGGCGUCUUGGCCCAGCUCGCAUCCUCCUGAUUCAGCCGCAGAGGGUACACACUCGUGCUGCACAGAAGCUGUAAAUUCCAGGAAACUCCCUGCCAGCCCGGCUGGUGGGGGAGGGAGUGGAGGAUAAUCCACGCUGGUUCCCUAGCACUUGGAGAGCAGAUGUGUCUGCCUCGGACAGCAGCCGAAGAAAGUUCAAACCAAAGAUGAAACUUCUGUGAGCAGUGAAGAUUUUGAUAUGAACGACUCCACAUGGAUGUCAGCUGACCCACACCUGGCCUCCAGCCUGAGUCCCAGCCAGGACGAGAGGAUGCGGAGCCCGCAGAACCUCCACAGCCAAGAGGACGACGAUUCCUCCUCCGAGAGCGGCAGUGGCAAUGGCUCCUCCACCCUGAACCCGUCCACCUCAAGCAGCACCCAGGGAGACCCCGCCUUUCCUGAGAUGAAUGGCAACGGAGCUGUGGCCCCCAUGGACUUCACCGCCACCGCCGAGGACCAGCCCAUCAACCUGUGUGACAAGCUCCCACAGGGCUCAGUGCUCGGCACACCCUCCUACCCCUCAGAUGGCUGUGGCGCCGAUGGACUGAGGAGCCGUGUCAAGUACGGGGUGAAGACCACCCCCGAGUCCCCCCCCUACAGCUCGGGGAGCUACGACUCCAUCAAAACCGAGGUCAGUGGCUGCCCCGAGGACCUGACGGUGGGCCGGGCCCCCACAGCAGAUGACGACGAUGAUGACCACGACGACCACGAGGACAAUGACAAGAUGAAUGACUCUGAGGGCAUGGACCCAGAGCGCCUCAAGGCCUUCAAUAUGUUUGUGCGUCUCUUUGUGGAUGAGAACUUGGACCGCAUGGUGCCCAUCUCCAAGCAGCCCAAGGAGAAGAUCCAGGCCAUCAUUGAGUCGUGCAGCCGGCAGUUCCCCGAGUUCCAGGAGCGGGCCCGCAAGCGCAUCCGCACGUACCUCAAGUCCUGCCGGCGCAUGAAGAAGAAUGGCAUGGAGAUGACCAGACCCACACCUCCUCACCUGACCUCGGCCAUGGCAGAAAACAUCCUGGCAGCUGCCUGUGAGAGCGAGACGAGAAAAGCAGCCAAAAGGAUGCGCCUGGAGAUCUACCAGUCCUCCCAGGACGAGCCCAUAGCCCUGGACAAGCAGCACUCCCGGGACUCCACAGCCAUCGCCCACUCCACCUACUCACUGCCAGCCUCCUCCUACUCCCAGGACCCUGUGUACGUCAACGGUGGCCUCAACUACAGUUACCGUGGUUACGGGGCCUUGGGCAGCAACCUGCAGCCCCCUGCCUCCCUCCAAACAGGAAAUCACAGUAAUGGGCCCACAGACCUCAGCAUGAAAGGCGGGGCCUCCACCACGUCCACGGCGCCCACGCCCACGCCCUCCAGCAACAGCACCAGCCGGACCAUGCCCACCGCCCAGCUCAGCCCCACGGAGAUCAGCGCUGUCCGGCAGCUCAUCGCCGGCUACCGGGAGUCCGCUGCCUUCCUGCUGCGCUCGGCAGACGAACUGGAAAACCUCAUCCUGCAGCAGAACUGACCCAGCGGCACCUGGAGUGCACUGCCCCAGGGAAGGAGGCUCUUUCAGCCCCAGACCGGCUUCCCGCCUCACCAGUUGGUACCUUUUGUUUUUUGAAAGAGGUGGAUCCAGAAGAGCUGUUUCUAGCCACACUCCAAGCGCCUGAGACUCUGGGCACAAGGACACUUUUUUUUUUGGAAUCUCACCACACGGGUGCUCUGACCUGCUUGGAAGAGGCCUACGGGGCAGCUCUGGAAGGGCUGGGGCUCCCCCUGACGAGGCACUGGGGCCACAGCUCUAUUUAGAAUCAUCUUCGUGGACCCUGAUGUUAGAAUCCCACCCCCAGAUAAUUACCUUUCAAGUCUUAGGUGAGCAGAAUUGCAUAUUUAUUGAGAAAAACAAAGUGGACCCUUUCUUCCUCCCCCCUUAGUAAUUUAUUUUUCUGAAAAUGGAUUCUUUUGUGUUUGUACAGAUUGCCAGUCUGUGUCUGUCUGAUCAGAAGGCUGUAUCCCUGUGACCUAACAUUCCAUAUCACUACACUGGCGCGGGCUGGGGGCCGGCAGGGCGGGGGGGCAGCGGGCUGGCUGGCCCUCUGAGUGCCCAGCACCGCCAAGCAGGAGGACCUCACCCACACCCACUGCAAAGCAGAGACAAACAAAAGCGGCUCCCCCACCCCAUUCCACAGAUGCCCCAGUCACACGGUCACCUGUAUUCUACCUCACACUCCAGCGUGGGCUUUUCCAGGAUGUGCCCUGAGCCUGUUCUGAAUGGCUGUCUCCCACCUCCCCCACCUAGUGUGUCUGCCUGGGAGGUAAGUCCAGACGGGGGGCCAGGAGCUGGAGCCCAGAGAGGACCUUGGCCCUCACAAGCAGCAGCCCGCCGGGCCCUAGCAGGACAGGGUGCCAGGAGACGGCAGCCGGUCAGCAGGGCUUGCCCUCACCCUGCCGCCAGGGAGCCAGGCCUGGGCCCCUCGGACCCCUGCCGGGAAGGGCCCCUUUCUUCAAGGUGAGCCCCUGGCUGUCAGGCAGCCAUCAAACAGGAAAGGCAGCUCCCGUCCCCUGCCCCUGUGGUUGGAGCAAAGGGACCGUCAGCAGAAAUGGAGAAGUCACCUGGGUUCUCCUAGGACCAGCCCUUCUGAAGGGGCCAGUCCUGGAAGAAACCCAUCCUCUCUGGAGUGUGAAAAAGGGCAAAAGACAAGGCUGGCCUGGUUUCCUUGCUCCCCAGUAGGCACUUCCUCUUGCUCAGUGCAAUACCUACCAGUGCUGCUAAAACCAGGGAUUUGCCCAGACCUCACAAGGCCCACAGGGCCUCUCCAUGCAACACUCCGUAGCCAUGACAGCAGCUCUCUGCUGCCGCCCCUGCCCAGAGCUGGCAGACGCCCUCUGUUGCCUUUCCUCCCUCAGAGCAAAGAGGUCCCGGGGAGCCAGGGCCAAGUGGACCCUAGGAUAGAGAGCCACUUGACCCCAAAGCAGGCAUCCCUUCCCAAACCAGCUUUUCUGCAGCCAACUGCCUCCGGGCACUGUGGCAGACCACCCUCAUGAGGCUGGGGAGGGGGCUCCAGACUGGAUGCCUCCCACGCCUCAGAUCCGUCACUGAGCUAUGGGCCCUGGAUCCAGAAAGUCUGAAGGGUAGGGUGCCCACACCCUACAGGCUUCCAGCGCUCCACCUCCCAGCCACACCACCUCUGCCUUCCAUCUGACCGAUCCCCAGGCCUCCGGUCGGGGCCAGGAUGCGGAGACCCACCCUUAGCACAGCACAAGCUCCAGUGCCCAACGCCUCCCCCAUCCCAGCGUCCACAUGUCCAGCCCCCACCUGCUCAGUUCUACUCCCAGACAUUUAAAUUUGUGUAAAUAUUUAUUUUUGUGUGUGAACAAUACUACAAAGUAAUCAGUAGAUCUUUUGCAAAAUGUUACCCCAGGCAAUUUGUGAAAAUCUUAAUGUUGGAAACUGGCAGAGACAAUCGCCGCCUUAGAAUCCUUGACGUCAAGUUGUUUCACAUGUCAUUUCUCCUCCCAGAGGCAGUACCCAAGCCAGACAAACGGUUUGCUUUUCUGAACAGACAGGAGUGAGCAAGACUGGGGAAGGGGCUCGCGCUACCACCCACACGAGGAAUUAAGAGCUGAAGAUUAGUAUAAGCUACAGUUUGAAGUUGUGUUUUUCUGAGUCACGCUUGUCCUUACUGCCCAACUUCAGCAGCCUCAGCACCGUGGUGAGAUGUAGGUUCAAUGUGCUUCAAAGAGAAAAGAAACGAAUGCUAGCAGUCAGGGUGCACUGGGCCCCCCAGAGCCCCUCCAGGACAGUGGAUCCUGUCUCACCCAUCCCGCUUCUUGGGUGGGCUCCUUCCUACUGAAGCUACACAUGAAGCCCUUGUGAUGGCAGAAUCAGGAGCAAGUUACUGUGUGUGGAAACAGGAUUCCAUUCGCUAGUUCUGUCAGGGAACUCGUUCAGUUUUGCUUUUGUUUUAAAAGAUGCAGCGUCAACCCUGGAGGGCACCACUGAGCUGGUUUUGCUGAAAGGCGCUUGCUGCUGUCCGUCCCCCACCCCCACCCCCACCCCAGGGACUGCCUUCUCCCAAAGGGAGCAUCCAAAGCCCAGCCCCACAGCCACUUAAAGUUCUUAUGGGGGGGCCUCAGGACAUACAUGAAUCACGUGGGAUCCUAAAUUACAAAGGUAAUGCAAGAGUGGAAUACACCCAUUCCAGAGUCUUUGCAGGGGGCUAAUCCCACGAAAAGGGUAGAACCAGGAGAAAUGGGAAUCUGGUCUUAGUGGUGGAUCAUCUAGUAAAGAGUAUGACCCAUCUGAAUUCACUUUACCGUCACCACUCAGUUUAUACCCAAGGACAGUGGGGAGGCGGAGGGGGACCGGCGGGGGGUGAAGAAGGUUUUUAGAGGAUUUCAAACAGGUGGAACCCAGCCAUCCCUGUUCCCAAGGGCCACUUAUGACUCCAGGGGUGGUUAUAGGAUUAACUACCAGUUCAUUUUCAAAAUGCUGCUUUGAACUCAGAGGGUUGAUACUUUUAAUUUGUAAUUUUUUGUAAAACUUUUUACAAGAUAGUAAAGUAUUUCACCAGAAUACCAGUUUCAAUCCGUCCAUGGUCUGAUUUUUAUAUAAUUUAGUGGUGCUUUAGAAACUUUGUUUUUGUUGUUUAUGAGCAAGACAGCUCAAUCCUUUUUCGCCUGUAUCUACCUAAGACCAAUGUGAACCUUUGUAUUUUUGCUCCUAAUUUUGGACUCAGUGAAAGUGUACUGUUUACAUGUACAGAUGCCCCGGUCCCUGUGUGUCCUGCAAGACUCGCUCUUGAGGAGGAAGGUGCACCUCACUAAGCUCAUCUGCUUAGCAAAGCCACAAAACAAAAACCUCUCACUUUUUACCUGUUUCCACCUAAAAAGAAAAAUAAAAAACCUACGCCACACUGAACUCAGAUUUGCUGAAAAAAUACUUUUCUAUGCUCAGAAAAAUCGUCUCCAGGCGGCAGACGGUCUGUGUGCCUCUGUCCUAUGGUCCAUUUGGGAGCCGGGCUCAGAAUGGAGACUUCCUAUGGCUGCUGGUGGGUAACUGCAUGGACAGGUGGAAAGUGAAAACAGGACUUGGCUGCCACUGGGGAUGAAUAUAGCUCCUCUCCCGGCAGCCUGAGAAUGGGAAGGUCACGCUGACUCAUGGACCUUCAGGGACAAGCCACCCAGGAGUUAGGGACAACCCAAGGGGUUGCCAACCCUCUGGCAUAAUUGAGACAUGUUUGGAAAGAGCGCAAGUUUCCUACUGGAGAUGAGCUUUAGGACCUUCCAAUGCAGAUGGUACAAGCAUCUCUUCAGGGUCCCCUGGGGCAGCUCGUACAUGAGGCCCCUCUGGGGAGGGGCAGGGGGCUCCAGACAGUAAGCAUAUGGCACUUAAAGCAAACAGCAGAUGGCACCAACUUUUAAAGGUGACUCUUUGUUACUUAAUCAAUGGCUUCAUCUCUAAAUUAUAUUUUUACAGAUAUGCACCUAUGCAACUUAACGUGGCUCUUCUAAGCAGGUGAGGACUUCCUCCUCAAUGCUCUAUAAAAAUUAUUUGUGUUCUAUAUAGUGAGUUUUACCAGUAAAUGUGGCUUAAUAUUUUAAUUCUUAGAAUGUGUCUUCUCUAUGUGAUGCAACUAAAUUCUGUUUUGUUUGUGGAAUGACUAGCACAGGCCAACUCCCUCUCCCCUCACUUAACAAAAGACCAAUGAGCUGUUAAUCGAGCUGUUAUCUCCAUGGUAUUACUUGCUAAAUGCACUGAUUUCAUAAGUAUGUGGAAUCCUUUUUCUUUGGAAUCUGUAUAUCAUAUAUAAGACUGAAUCUACUUAAUAAACACUGAAUAACAAA